UCUCGAGACACGACACUCCAAUAAUUAAAAUGCAUCCGUCGAUUAUUGAAGGAGACCAGGGGUUGGAGUACACAAGUGUGUCACCAUCCCACUUUGGCUGUCCCCUCUGCCCCAGCUUCACCACACGGAGUGCAGGAGUCAUCAAGAGGCACCUGGAAGCUCAUGUGACAAAUGCAGUGCAUUUCAUGGAAAUGAUGAUCUGCAGAUGCAAUCUCCACUGCAGAGAUGGAAGCCAUUUUCACUGCCCAUUUUGUUUAACCACAAUCAUCCGCAAAGACUCCAUAACAACACACCUCAAGGAGUGCCAAAAUAAGUCUGAAGUAUCGGUUCCACCCUCUCAACCGCCCUCACCAGAGGCCCACCCUCCUGCGGAUUUUACAACAUCUAUUGUGGCAGCUGUGAAAACGGACCACUCCUACAUUGAAACGUCCCCGAAGACCCCUGCACCUGCUCCAGAUGAGCCAGAUGUGGGUCAGUCACCGCCGGCUACUGCUUCAGAGGAGCCCAUUGCUUCAGAGCCCAUUGCUUCAGAGGAGCCCAUUGCCCCAACCCACAUUAAGUGCCUGUACUGCCCAGUUGUCCUCUUUAAGAGGAAUUUGGUUAUACAUGUUCAACGAAAACAUGAUAAAGAAAAAGACAUCACGGAACAGUCACACUUGCAAAGCACAUUGGUUGACCAAUCUAACGGCCUGUACGCCGUUCGAAAAACGGCAAAAGGAUUCAGUGUUCCUGUCCACAUCAAGCAUUCAAUCUGAAUAAAACUGUUUGACAAGCUCA